AUGUCGAAAGCAAACGACGCAGACCAUAUCGAGCAUUCGCCAGACGAUGCCGCAGUCACCCCUCCCAACGCCAAUGAAAUCCGCGGUCGAGCUAUCCAGCAACAAGAACAUAACCGCGGAUACUGGGAGACCCUCACCAAAGACUCACGGCUUCUCUUCUGGAUCGGAGUAAUGCUCUGGACUCUGAUCGUGCGCGGAUUCGAAAACCAAUCCUCCAGUUCCGUGAUCAGCAUCACAGAAUUCAAACGCAGAUUCGGCACAAAGGAUGAAUCAGGUGCAUACUUCAUCGCAACAAAUUGGCAAUCUGCACUAAAUGGUGGAUCGAAUGCAGCUGCUAUCUUCGGAGCAUGGGCUGCCUCUUACUUUGCCGAUAUCUUCGGUACAAAGCCUGUUCUACUCACCGCAUGCGCUAUCAAUAUUGUCUCUGUCGGAAUUGAAUAUGCGACGACCUCCAUUGAGAUGUUUUUCGGGGGUAAGGUGGCCAAUUUUAUUGCUAUUGGUGCUUUUCAGAAUCUUUGCACUGCUUACGUUGCUGAUAUUUCGCCGUUGGCUAUUCGUGCGUCGGUGAUUGGAUUUUGUAAUCUUUCUCAAUGUAUUGGACCCUUUAUCUCGGCUAUUAUGUCCUAUUAUACAUCUAGCUGGGACAAUGAUUGGUCUUGGAAGUCGAUUGUGUGUGCCCAGUGGGGCUUUGCUGUCAUAUCAUUUAUCGGACAGAUCUUCAUGCCAGAGUCUCCGGUAUUUCUUGUUCGAAAGGGGAAGAUCAAGGCUGCUCAGAAUGUUCUCGGACGACUGUAUAGUGAAAGUCAUGAUGCAGAUGGUCACUUUGAACGUAUCAAGUUGACGCUCGAGGAAGCCGAGACUCAGAAGUCAGCUACUUAUCUCGAAUGUUUCCGAGGAACCAACUUGCGCCGAACAUUGAUUGCCAUGCUCGUAUUCUCGGCUGAGCCCAUGUCUGGUCUUGGUUUUGUGUCAAACUACGGCUCUCUUAUGUAUCAGUAUCUUGGUAUUGGGGACAGGCAGUCUUUUCUCAUCCAGAUCGGCGCUCAGAUCCUGUCUAUGUCCGGUGCUAUUUUCUCGGUCUUGGUCAGUGAUUUCUGGGGUCGACGACCAAUGUUUAUUGCGGGGUGUAUAAGUUUGACGAUUCUUUUACUUUGCAUGGGUAUUUCAGGAUCAGUAAACACAACCGCAGGUAUAACUGCCUCUGUUGGCUUUUACACGAUGUACAACUUUGUAUUCAACGCAGGCGUAGGAUCAAACGUGUACGCAAUUGCUGGUGAGGUCCCAACUUCAAUCCUGCGAACGAAGACACUUGCAAUAGCCAUAUCUUCAGAACAGGCGAUUUACACAAUGUGGUCAUUCGUCUCGCCUUAUAUCUUCAAUCCAGGGUAUGGCAAUCUCAAGGCCAAGAUUGGUUUCGUGUUCGGUGGAUUCAUGCUUGGGUAUAUUUUUCUGGCUUUCCUCUUUGUUCCCGAGACUCGCUUGCGCACUUAUGAAGAGUUGGAUGAGUUGUUCAUGAAUAAGGUUCCCACGCGUCAGUUCCGUGGAUAUGUCACUGUGGCUGAGAGACGAGCUGCGGAGGCCUAUAACGUCGAGCAUAAGAUUUUGGACGCAGAAAGGGAAGAUGUUUGA